AACGCAAUUCACGCGUACAAGUCCGUCUCUCUUUUUCUUUUUAUUUCUCAUUCAUUAUAUUUCUAUGGUCUAAGUAUAUUAUCAAACAGUAAAAGAGACGGUCCAUAUAGCGUUAAAGAAGAAUCGAGAUAUCUCGUACGUUUUCUUCCCCGCGUUCCAUUACAUUUUCACGCACGUUCGAUGGAAUUGAAAAAUAUAUGGGUUAAAUAUUUAAUUCGCAGGCCAGGAUUAGGAUUUUCCCUUAAUUUUCUUGCCGGAGCCAUUUCGCACCCACGUUCGUUUCGUCGUUGGUUUAAUGUCGAAUCGACAUUAAUCUUUUGGAGGCACGACGAGAGAAAAAAUCGUUCCGUUUCACGAAACGACUACGCCUCGGUCGUCCACGUAAUUGUAUUUCGUUUCCAGGUUGCCGAAUUGCUCGUGCUAGCGCACGAUUCUACAGCACUACACGGGAAGGUCAAUUUCACGAAAUUCUUCGAGAGUCACUUGCGCAACGAUCUUCCCUAUUUAUCGGAAAAGUACAACAACGACAGAGAGGCCGAAGAACUGGAAGACUUUCGACAACUCGAUCGGCAGAAUCGAAAUUUAAUGCCCGAAUAUCGAAGUCUCUGCGAAACCGUGACAAGAAGAGUACAGUUCAACGAUGAAAAUUAUGAGUAUCAACCGCCUCAUUAUCACGAAGUCUAUUGCAAGAGUUACUCGUUUCUCGAUCGAGCGAGCGAACGAACGACAAGAUCGUCCUCUAAACAGAAAUGCGCUCAUCCUGUCUUUCAUUGCGUCCAAAGGAGUAGGACUCUCUUCUUAGUCAGACGCGCCUGGGACAGCGAUUGUUGGGAGCCUUUCACCAAAGAAAUCGCCAGUGGUUGCGAUUGCAUGUGGCCGGUCUCUCUACUCGGCGACAUCACUGCUCAUUAUUAAUUUCUCCAUAGACGGGAAAUACGGCUCGUUAUUAAUAAUCCUCAUCGACGCGACUUAAAAUUGCGCAUUUUUGAGGAAAAUCUAAUCUAUAAUAAUCCGUAUGAUGUUAGAUCGGUUGCAUCUGCGUGUUAAAUAAAAUUUUUCUAGAUCGGA